UUUUCUUGAGUGGUCUUUCACUCUCGUUCGCCAUGCCUGACCCGGCUAAGUCCGCUCCAGCCCCCAAAAAGGGCUCUAAGAAAGCCGUAACCAAGGCCCAGAAAAAGGACGGCAAGAAGCGCAAGCGCAGCCGCAAAGAGAGCUACUCUAUCUACGUGUACAAGGUGCUAAAACAGGUCCACCCCGACACCGGCAUCUCAUCGAAGGCCAUGGGCAUCAUGAACUCCUUCGUCAACGACAUCUUCGAGCGCAUCGCGGGUGAAGCUUCCCGCCUGGCGCAUUACAACAAGCGCUCGACCAUCACCUCCAGGGAGAUCCAGACGGCCGUGCGCCUGCUGCUGCCAGGGGAGCUGGCCAAGCACGCCGUGUCAGAGGGCACAAAGGCCGUCACCAAGUACACCAGCUCCAAGUGAGCUCGCUCGCAGCUGCCGACAAUCCAAAGGCUCUUUUCAGAGCCACUCACGAUUUCAGAGAAAGAGCCGGUGCAUUUUGCUUGUAGUCUUCUGAGUGGGCUACAGCCGGCCUCCGUUAGGAGGGAAGAUGG